AUCUACUUCAAGUGGUGUUUUGUUGAAGCAUGUCGUAAUGGAGAAUACCAACUAGUAUGAACAACAUACAUACAUGGGAAUGGGAUGGUUCUCUCUCUAUUAAUCUGUCCUGAUGUUCACAUGUGUUGUGCUUGAUUCUGCGCUGGUGGCUCUGCUUGAUAGGUUUUCUUAAUGGGUGGUGAAUAUCACUGGGAAACGGUGCCACCCACGGUGGCUCCAUUGAAUUUAGGGAGGGAAGAGCACUGGAGACGCUUCGACAACUCGGUGAAUGCGGUUUCGUUUGGUUUUGUGGCCACUGCGGUUCUCAUAUCAAUGUUCCUCUUCAUGGCUAUCUUUGAGAGGUUUCUCAGGCCACCAUCCUCCCCUAAUGAUCUUGAGUCUCAGACCAUGUUCAAUGCCAAACUUAAUUAUCCUUCCCCCAAAAUGACAGUUUAUGCGAGUGAGAUAUCGGUUUUAAUGCCUGGUGAAGAAGCUCCUACUUUCAUUGCACAUCCUGCUCCGGUGCCGUGUCCACCAGACCACACCUUGAAGCCUCUGCAUCAACUCAAUCAAAGCGUUGGUGGGUCUUCAAGCUUAAGCUGAUGCUGAACAAAGAAGCAUGUCAUGAUAAUAAAGCAUCAGGGUUUCUGAUAUUUGUACAAUUGCAUUCCAGGAAAACUGAAAUUG